AAUUGGAAUCUGUGUUUUCAAGAACAUGAAUGACAGUGGUUUGGAUGUAGUAUGCGGAAACUCAUGAAAUUCCAAGAGUUGCUAUUCUCAAUGGACAAAGUGUCAUUUAGUCUUUAACAUGCCUCAGCCACUUUUCCCAUGUGCUUAUGGGACGCAGAGCAGUUUGUUUCGAGCAGAAUGGAAAAUUUUCAGAGUUUUUACGAGAACUCUAAAGCCGGCUUAAUGUUAAACUCCGCCUACAAUUACAACCGACUAUGUCCUCGAAGAUCCCGCUCCCGAAAAUUCAACCUUAACAUGAUCUGGUACCGAAACUUGUACAGAAACGAAAACAAGUUUCACCACUACUGGACACUGUAUCAUAACCCUCUAGAAGAUAUGGAAACACCAUUUCUGAGCUUUUCUAAUCCAAACUACCAACCUAGCUGUAAACCUACCAAAGCCAGUCAGAUAUCAGAAAACAACAAUAGUGAACCAGUCGACAUCAACAUCAUGUCUUUAGCCAAUGAGAAAGAGGAACAAUCCAAACUUCUUAACAGGGAAGAUAUCCAGUCUCAUACUUCCGAAGAGGAGGACAAUUUAUCUAUGAAGAGUGAAGAGGUUUUGUCGGAUGAGGAAAAUGACUUUGUUGAAGCAAGUACCAAGCUUCUUGCUGAGCAGGAUACAGAUGAGAAACUUAAUAACACGGAAUGUAUAAAUAUGGCAUACGGAGAGAAGGGGAAAGGGAUUCUGGCAUAUAUAACGAUGCUAGAGCAGAGUGCGCGGGAGAGAAGCGAGCGGAAACGUCGGGAGAUAGGGGAUGGAGGGGAGUUGGAGGAGGGAGAAAGUGGUGACACUACACCUGCCUCUGUCGCAGAGAAUAUCAAACUGAAGAGGUUUGCAAAUGCGGGCUUUGACAUUAACUCCCCGGACUCCAAUGACAGCGGUAUCCAGUCAGAUGCUAGGUCGGAUGACGGAACCCAUACCCAGAGCAGCUCCAUCAGUGAGGACCUGUAUGCUAUCACAAACAAGUCGUACCUGCCUCGCACCGACAGCGGAGAUGAUUCGGAAGUCACACCCACACAAGGGGACGAGAACCAGCACACAGAGGUCCUACCACCUGGCUGGGAGAGGUGUGAAGAUGAGGAUGGAGCCUACUUCUGGCACAUUAAGAGUGGAACCAUUCAGCGUGAGCCACCAUCCCCCGCACCUCCUGAUAUCCGGGAAACCCUGAGGUCCAUAUCCAUCAAUAGUGACUCGAGCACAGUGUCGGGAGAUUCACAAGGGUCUACAGCGUCGACUCCGUCCAGUGUCGCGAGCACCGAGGACCAUCUGCAUGAGUUUGAGGACCAUGCCUUGCAGUAUGCUGUCAAGUCUCUCAAAAACUUAUCCAGUAUGCAGCGCAACUCCAAGCUGAGUGAGUCUUCAGAGAAGCCAGUCCGUUAUGCAGUUAGCUCCCUUGGCUGGGUCCCCAUCGCAGAGGAGGACUUAACGCCAGAACGCAGUAACAAGGCGGUGAACAAGUGCAUCCUGGAUCUAACUCUGGGGAGGAACGAUGUCAACGACGCUGUCGGUAGAUGGGGAGAUGGUAAGGAGUUGUACAUGGACGUUGACAUAGAGAGUCUUCGGCUGAUAGACACCCAUGACCUGACGGUUCUCAACUUCCAACCCAUACAUACUAUCCGUGUUUGGGGGGUCGGGCGGGAAAACAAUAGGGAUUUUGCAUAUGUGGCGAGAGAAAACCUUUCCCAAAACUACAUGUGUCACGUAUUCCGUUGCGACACGCCAGCCCGCCACAUCGCAAACACGCUACGCGAUAUCUGCAAGAAGAUCAUGAUGGAACGCACCUUACAGCAGAAGGCCCUUAGUCGACUCGCACGCCCGAAUGAUCUACCUAAUCUAGAGCCCGUAACGACCCCAUCUCCUGGAGAGAAAAUGACAUUCAAGUCACUGUACUCAAAUGCAUCAUUCCCGACCCCCAUGGAAGAGCCCAAGAAGGUCCUGCGAUGUCACUACCUGGGCUCCACGUUGGUCAACAAACCUACUGGUAUGGAGGUGUUGAACUCUACUAUAGACAAGAUGUUAGAGACUGUCCCGCCGGAGAAGUGGCAGUAUGUGGGUGUGGCUGUUGCCCCCUCAACGAUUACUAUUACUGAACAUGGGAACCCGGACAACAAAAUUGAUGAAUGCAGAGUGCGCUAUCUAUCUUUCAUGGGAAUCAGCAUCAGCAAUGUCAAAUUGUGUGCAUUUAUUGUCCACAAGGCGGAGGACAAAUUCCAGGCCCAUGUUUUCCACAAUGACCCAAACGCUGGACCACUGUGUAAAACUAUAGAGGCAGCAUGCAAGUUACGCUACCAGAAGUGUUUGGAUGCUCAGCACCGAUACCUGGGCAAGACACGGGAGAGGAGAACCAAGGACGAGGACUCUGACAGCACACCAACUGAGAACAGAACCCUAAAAGAAGAGGUCAAACACGGGGUUGAUGUUGUGGGGACAAAAGUCAAGCCUGUCCUGCAACAUGUACAAUCAGGGGUCAAAACUGGGGUCCACUCAGUGAGCACAGGGCUGAAAACCGGAGUUGCGAGUGUGAAAUCUGGGGUUCAAACAGUCUCGAGCAUGUGGAGUGCAUUCAGAAGCAGGAAAGCGGUGGACCAGUCUAACGAUGAAGAGAAUAUUGAACCAUCCUAACACUGGUUUCAUCCUAGGAGACAGUCUUUAGUUUUCAAUGUUGUGAUAGGGUGUCAAGGCAGGUCUGAAGUGUGUGAUGUCAACGCUGAAAUCUCCGACCAUCAUCCAGAAAAUAUUUACUGACCGUGUGUGUACCGGUGACGAUAAAUAGUAAUUUACAUGGCAACUAGAUGUUACCAGUCUCUUGCUGACUGGUUUCUCAUUUCUGACUGGUUUCAGUCUUUUUGGACUGGUUUCAAUUACUGUUGUACUAGUUUCAGUAUCUGGUGGACUGGUUUCAAGUCACAUGUUGACUGGUUUCAGUCUUUUUAGACUGCUUUGAGUUAUUGACUGACUUUUUUUCCUGUUUUGCUCCAGUGAUGAUAAUUGAAAUUUUAGAUUUUUUGAGUGAAACAUUGAUAAAGUUUGAGAUUAUGAACAUUCUUUCAAGUACAUUCUUUGUGAACAUUGUUAAAUGUCUAUGAUUAUGUGUUCUUGUCUUUUAUUGUUAAGCUUUAAUGUUAUCCUUGAUUGGCAAAUUAGUCAAAUUGGCAGAUGUUUGAAAGUUGAAAUAGUGGUAAUGACGUGAUGUGUGUGCUUGUUGACAGCCAAAACAUUCUCAACGCAAUUAAUGUUGCAAUGAUUUAAUGUUGUAAUAUCAUUGCGUAUACAUGUUGUUUAAAGAUACAUGUACAUUACUGAAAAGCUUAAGACAUAUUUUUAAGGUUGUUUGAUUUUCAUUAUACAUAUGUUUCAGGCUUUGUCAUUUUGGGGCUUUGGCUUUAAAUCACUUUGGAACUAGCAUUUGAGAAAUUUCAACUUGAAAUAUUAGUUAUGUUUUUAUCUUUUUCUGCAUCAGUUAUUUUACCUAGUAAAACAUGCAUUCACUGUGAUGUGAUAAAUUAUUGUGUAUUAGAUAGAUUAUGUACUCAAAUGUUGUGAUUUUCUAUAAAUCUAGAAAUGUUUGAAUGUCUGUGUGAAACAAGGUUGUUAUUUUGUUUUUCAUUUUUGUUUUUGAAAUGUUAAUGAUAAUUUAGAUUCAAAAAUUCUGUACAGUAUAUUUCCAUCAUAACUAUGAAUAUUUUUAUUCUAAAAUAUUAUCAUGCAUCUAUUUUUAAUCUACUGAUAUGCCAGUUAUAUUAUUUUAGUGACAUGUAAAGAGUUAUUCCAUAUAUUAGGGCUCUUUUGAGUAUUUUUUAUUUAUCUUUUUACGAGAUAUUGUAGAACUACACCAAAAAAGAUAUGAGUUGAAGGUAUUCAAUGUACAAUAAUGUGAAGGGUUUGACACAUGGAGAAUUAUUGUGUAAAAAGUAUACCGAAACAAUUAUUACCAACACACAUUUAUGGCCUUUAAAGAUUGCAAAAUAGGUAAUUCCACAUCUGAUUUCAGUUCAAAUAGAAAACAGAAAUGCAAAAUGCCUUGAUUUUAACUGUUGUGUAUUUUGGUCAUAUAAUUGUGUUUAAGUAAGCAAUACCCUUUAAAUGAUUGAUGAAGUUAUAUUGGGUCAGCAGGUAUCAAAUUUUAAAACUACCACCAAAUUAACAAUCUUAAUGUACAAAGGAUACCUUAAUAUCUUAUAUGGAUCUAACCAUUUAAAAAAAUAUGAACUUAAAAAUGGUAUUUACAAGUACAAAGUAGAUUGUUUAACUUAUAUUUUAUAGAUACAUACUUCUAUACUUGUGUCUUAGUUGAUAUCAAUUAUGCAAAUUUUUGGUUGCAUUUUUGUAAUUUAAUCGAAACAUGUAUUUUAAACUAACCCUCAAAUUUUACUAAAUGGUACUUACAAUAAGUGCAAUAUAUUGAUUUGUUAGUGAAUUUAGCUUUACAUAUUUAUCAGUGCCAGUAUGGUCAUUAUACCAAAUGAGGUUUGGUCAUUAUACCAAAUGAGGUAUGGUCAUUAUACCAAAUGAGGUUUGGUCAUUAUAUCAAAUGAGGUUUGGUCAUUAUACCAAAUGAGGUAUGGUCAUUAUACCAAAUGAGGUUUGGUCAUUUUUAGCAAUAUGGUCAUUUUGACAACUUAAGUAUGUUCAUUUCAUCAAGUGAGUCAUGGUCAUUUUGACAUGUGAAGUAUGGUCAUUUUACCAAGAGAGGUACAAAGUUAAGUUUGGUCAUUUUACCAAGUGAGGUAUGGUUAUUUUACCAAGAAAAGUAUGGUCAUUUUACCAAGUGAAGGAUGUCAUUUUACCAAGUAAAGUAUGGUCAUUUUACCAAGUGAAGGAUGGUCAUUUUACUGAGGUAAUUUUUUCUGCCAAUGUGUUUUAUUUUAUUUUUUGGUAAAACCACUUACCAUAGAUCUGAAAAAAGAAUCUCCUUUCUUAUGAUAUAAAAGUGUAUGUAUCACUAUAUUUUUUUUUAAUUCAUUCACGUAGUUUUCUAAACGAAUCAAGUAGGAGUUUUGUCCCUUUCACCUUAAAACUAUAACAUAAGUUGUUCAGCAUAUUUGAGUUAACCAAUUUUAUUUGCCUUCAAAAUAAGUAGUUAUUUACUCCAAUUUAUUGACCAGUGGCUAUUCGUGACUUUGUUUGAAACAGCAUGAAAGGGCGUGUGGGAUGAAAGAUAAUAACCUCAUAAAAUUAACAUAAUUAUAUGGUGACUUAUUUUUAUUUCAGUUCGAUAAGAGUAAUCUUGUUGCAAACCAAGAUUCAUGGCAAUAAAAUGAAUACUAUAAACAGGGAUCUGUUAGGUCAAUUGUCAAUUACAUGAUCAAUUUAGAAGAUUAUAGUGGUAUAGCUUAUAGCUGUUGGCCUUUCACCCAUGAGGUCAAGAGUUCAAGCCCCACCAGUCACCGGUUCUCUUGCCAUCACAAAAAUUGGUUGCUGAUCGAUUUCUAAAAUAAAGCUAAAAUAUCUUAUUAAAAAAGAAACUAAAAAAAAAGUAUAUUUUGAAUCUUUACAGUUCGAUAAAAUAUUAUUCCUGAAAAUUUGUACAUUUUAAAUCAACAUGUUAAAUUAUGGUUAUGUGUUCUUAGACUAGUUCAGAAACGAUAAAAUAUUUUACCAAAGGGCAUUUUAUUUGAUAGAAGAUAUUUUGUUCCAUAGUUUUGAAAACAUUGUUUAGUUUAUUGCCUAUGAUUAAUAAUCAUUCAUUACUAAUAACAUGUUUAGUUGUUUACCUGUUUUAUUCUGUGUAUUUUGUUCUGUUUUUGUGCCAAAUAGGUUUUGAUAAAUGCCAUUUUUACUUGUUCUAAGUAUGCCUACAUGUAUUUUAGAAAUCAGAUUUUCUAUUCAAUGUUUUCUUUCUGUGUACAUAUUCUUAAAAGUAAUGGUAGAAUUUAGGGUGAAAAAAGAGAUAUGACAAACUACUACUGUAUAAUAGAAUGCUAGUCAAUCUAUUCUCUUACAAUGUAGAUUUAUUUACUUGAGGAUAAAAAUGUCAUUAUUAUUAAAUUAAUUUAUAUUUUCUCAAGUUCAAAGGGACACAAAUGCAUAGUUAUAUUGUUAAAAACAGGUCUUUUGUACAACUUUUAGAACAGGAAAGAUUUCCAGAUAUUGUUUGGUAUGAAGUCUUGAUAGAAACAUUUAGACGGAGAAGGUGCAUACAUACAAUAUAGAAGUGUAAUUACGAUUGAUACAUUAUGUUGUACAACUGAAGGCAACUCCUCAAUCAGUUAAUGAAAUCAUGUUCACUAUUUUGCAAUGAAGUGGAUUUUUUUCUAUUUUACCACCCUCAAAGUAUUAGCACUUCAAAGAGAUUCAUUUGUUACCGUGCCGUCCUUGUGCACGUAAUUUAAAGAUAGGAUUUAAUAAGUCGGUUGAUGUAAAACCAAACCAAACUGAUGCUUUGCAAGGAUAUGAUCACAUCUCUUUAGUAGUGAGUUCAUGGUAAUAAGUCGAAGUAUAUGCUGAAUCACUGAUGACUGCAUUACCUUUGACAUUGAAAUUCACUUGUCGAUUCACAGACUUAAGGCCACAAUCUUUCAAUGCAUUAAAGACUUGAAAUGCUUAAUUCAUUGCAAACAGUAGUACCUGAUUGUUUAGUUUCACCUUUCACUGUUUCGGUGACAUUAAUCCUAUUGAGUAUUGUCCAACAAAUAUUGUUUCCAAAUGAGAUUUUACAACCUGUUGGCUUCUGCCCCAUCAUGUUGCUUUUUACUGCUUCCUUCAAUAUGGUGUCUGUAGAAUUCAACCCAUAAAAUAGUUUCAUAAUUUCAGUGGUUAAUCCAGAUUCUUGGAAAGUUGGUUUAACCAAACUUAAGUUCAAUGUAAUCGUGGAUACUUGGUGUUAUUGCUAAUCUUCAAAUAUCCAAAUUGUAUCUUGCUUUUCUAAACAACAUUUGAUGAAACCUAUUUUUCAUUAGAAAAGAUAAAGGAAAACCACAAAAAAUGUUUAUAUUCGCAUGAUUUAGAUGGUUAUGGUCAGUUGAUUUUUCUAGAUUUUGCUGCCAUUCACUUUGCAUUAUAUGUCAUCAGCCUGCAAAGCAAUAUAUUUUCCCACAUUCAAGAAUGUUCCCCAAAAUUUCUCUGAAGUGGGGUGACUGGACGAACCUUCAUGACCAUUUAGAGGCACCCCUUGUGGUUUUGCUGGCUUCAUUUUACAUAAAAAACCCAGAGCAAUAUUCAUUUAAAGCGUUUCUACAAACAUUACCAAAACUAUCAAGACACUUACUUGCCUGAUUUUCUUCUAAUUGUAUUGUUGUACUGUUGUAUGCAAAACUUAGAUUUGAAUCAAGCUAUUACAAUUAUUUGAUUUUGUAAUAUAUAUUUACAACACUUGGUGUUAUUUGAACAAUAAAUUCAUGAA